AUGACUCAAGCAUCAGAAUUCCAAACGAAAGACUCAAAUUGGAGUUUACAGGAAAUAAUGUUUUUAGAUGUAAACAUAAACCGAUUUAAUAGUAUUGCUGCUUCUUCAUACAUAGAGCUCUCUAUAUCAAUAAAUAAUAAAAAUGACGUCCUAAAUAUUGAAAAUCAAGAUAACGCCUGUUUUGCUUGGUCCAUAAAUGCAGCAAUUUUUCCUGCGGAGGGUGAUCCCAAAAACCCAUCAUCAUACCCCCACUACGAUACUCUGUUAGAUUUUCAAGGUAUUGAUUUUCCAGUAAAACUGAAAGACAUAAAAAAAUUCGAGAAUAUGAAUAACAUUUCAGUAAACGUAUUUGGAAUACAAAGAUUGUAA